AUGGUAACUACCCCUAAAAUAACUGAAAAAAGAAAUACAGGAAACUUAGAAAUAGAUCCUGCAGUCCUAAAGCAACUAACUAAUAGUCGUAAAUGUGGCUCACUUCCUGCAAAAGUUUUUGGAAACUUCAAGGCAAUGAUCAAAUUAGAUGACGAAGACACAAGAGAGAUCAGGUACAUGGAAUCUAUGUCGAAUUUGUCAUCUAUCGCAUCGUAUGAGGAAUCAGUGAGUUUGGUAAUCAAAGGGCACGUUAUUGAGCUACAAAGAAUCAGCACAAUUAUGACAACCAUAGAUCUCUCAAGCAACCAUUUUGAAGGUGUCAUUCCGGAAACACUAAAAGAUCUCAGCUCACUUUGGCUACUCAAUUUAUCCCAUAACAAUCUCAUAGGUCAUAUUCCAAUGGAAUUGGGGCAAUUGAAUACACUUGAAGCUUUAGAUCUCUCCUGGAAUUGGCUCACUGGAAAGAUUCCGCAGGAAUUAACAAGAAUGAACUUUCUGGCCUUCUUAAACAUCUCUCAAAAUCAUCUCGUCGGACCAAUUCCUCACAGUCUACAGUUCAACACAUUUGAAAAUGACUCGUAUGGCGGCAACCUUGAUUUAUGUGGUCCUCCUUUAUCAAAACAAUGUGGAACGAGAGAUUCAUCACAUGUUCCUCAAGCAUUGGAGUCCUAUUUUUUUAGUGGAUUUACAUGGGAAUCAGUAGUCAUAGGCUACAGUUUUGGACUAGUUGUUGGAACUGUCAUGUGGAGUCUCAUGUUUAAAUAUCGUAAGCCAAAAUGGUUAGUGGAAUUUUUUGAUGGACUCAUGCCUCAGAAAAGAAGAAGGCCAAAGAAGAGAGCUCAGAGACGACGGACUUAAUGGAAGAUUGAGAGGGGCCAACUUGUCUUUGUUUGAUUUUGUGGACUAAUUAGUGAACUUCUCUGGUUCUGUUUUUGUCUUUUUAAUAUUCUGUUUGUUGUUUGUAUAUGUUUGAUAGAAACAUAAUUAUAUAUGAGUUAUUUUA